GCCUCAGUCAGAGCGAGAAAGUGCCGGGGUAGCGGGGCUGCGGCUGCUCCGCCUGAAACUUCUGAGUAACAUCAACAGGGGGAGGGGAGGGCGGGCGGCGGUGGAGGAGGAAGGUGGUGGUGGGGGGAAGGUUAGCCAGCAGCGCAGCCCUAUCCGCCUCUCCCUCAUAAACCAGCCUGUGUUGGGCUGAGCAGGCCCCUCACACAAAGGAGGGCAGGGCAGGCAGGGCUGCCCCCCCUUCCCCCCCGCCUCGGCAGAGGGGCAGCGGGGAGGCGCCCUUCCCCGUGCACAGCACUCACAGCCACUUACUCCUCUCCCGUCCCCCGUCUUCUCUCUCUCUUCCCCCCCUUCCCCUCACCUCCCCCCGACGGUUCUCCCCUCAGCCCCCCGCCCGCUGUCCAUGUAGCCGUCCGGCCGCCGGCCCCUCCGCACUAUGCCCAUCUUACUCUUCCUGAUAGACACGUCCGCCUCCAUGAACCAGCGCACCCAUCUGGGCACCACCUAUCUGGACAUAGCCAAAGGCGCUGUAGAGACUUUCAUGAAGCUCCGAGCCCGGGACCCGGCCAGCAGGGGAGACAGGUACAUGCUGGUCACUUUCGAGGAGCCUCCCUACGCUAUCAAGGCUGGCUGGAAGGAAAACCAUGCAACGUUUAUGAAUGAACUGAAAAACCUUCAAGCUGAAGGACUUACGACUCUUGGCCAGUCCCUAAGGACAGCUUUUGAUUUAUUAAACUUAAAUAGAUUAGUAACUGGCAUAGACAACUAUGGGCAGGGACGGAACCCUUUUUUUCUGGAGCCAGCAAUAAUUAUAACAGUUACUGAUGGAAGUAAAUUAACUACUACCAGUGGGAUACAGGAAGAGCUCCAUUUACCUCUCAAUUCUCCUUUACCUGGAAGUGAGUUGACUAAGGAACCCUUUCGAUGGGAUCAGAGAUUAUUUGCUUUGGUUCUUCGUUUGCCUGGUAUUACAGCACCAGAAUCAGAACAGAUGACAGGGGUGCCUGUGGAUGACUCUGCUAUCACACCUAUGUGUGAAGUCACAGGAGGUCGAUCAUAUUGUGUGUGCUCUCCAAGAAUGCUGAAUCAAUGUCUUGAGUCAUUGGUGCAAAAAGUGCAAAGUGGAGUGGUAAUAAAUUUUGAAAAAGCAGGACCAGAUCCCUCACCAAUUGAUGAUGGGCAGGUGGAGAUAUCCAGACCCUUUGGACCCCAACCUUGGCACAGCUGUCACAAACUUAUCUAUGUCAGACCAAACCCUAAAACUGGGGUUCCUAUAGGACAUUGGCCUGUUCCUGAAUCCUUUUGGCCAGAUCAAAAUUCUCCAACACUGCCACCUCGCACAUCUCAUCCUGUGGUGAAAUUUUCCUGUACUGACUGUGAACCGAUGGUCAUUGACAAACUGCCUUUUGAUAAAUAUGAAUUAGAACCUUCACCACUGACCCAGUUUAUCCUGGAAAGAAAAUCCCCUCAGACCUGCUGGCAGGUGUAUGUGAGCAAUAGUGCAAAAUACAGUGAACUUGGUCAUCCUUUUGGUUACUUGAAAGCUAGUACAGCGCUGAAUUGUGUGAAUUUAUUUGUGAUGCCUUACAAUUACCCAGUCCUGCUUCCACUGCUAGAUGACUUGUUUAAAGUACACAAGGCAAAGCCUACGUUGAAAUGGCGUCAGUCAUUUGAAAGCUAUUUGAAGACAAUGCCUCCUUAUUAUCUUGGGCCUUUGAAGAAAGCUGUGAGAAUGAUGGGAGCACCAAACCUUAUAGCUGACAAUGUGGAAUAUGGACUUAGUUACAGUGUCAUUUCAUAUCUCAAAAAGUUGAGUCAGCAGGGGAUUACUGGGGAAAUUCCUCAUAGACCUCUAGACCUCAAUAUGAAGGAGUAUGCUGGGUUCCAAAUAGCUUUGCUGAAUAAGGAUUUGAAACCUCAGACAUUUAGAAAUGCUUAUGACAUACCCAGAAGAAAUCUUUUGGAUCAGUUAACACGAAUGAGAUCUAAUUUAUUGAAGAGUACUUGCAAGUUCCUCAAAGGACAAGAUGAAGAUCAAGUUCACAGCGUACCUAUAGCACAAAUGGGGAACUACCAGGAGUAUCUAAAACAGAUACCUUCUCCACUCCGAGAACUUGAUCCUGAUCAACCACGAAGGCUUCAUACAUUUGGCAAUCCAUUCAAAUUGGACAAAAAGGGAAUGAUGAUAGAUGAAGCAGAUGAAUUCGUAUCAGGACCUCAAAAUAAACACAAAAGACCUGGAGAACCAAAUAUGCAAGGGAUUCCAAAAAGGCGACGUUGUAUGUCCCCCCUGCUCAGAGGGCGACCACAAACUCUUCCAGUUGUCAAUAACCACAUUGGAGGGAAAGGGCCUCCAACACCAAUUGCACAAGCACAGCCUGACCUUAUUAAACCCAUUGCUAUUCACAAAACAUCAGAAACAAAUAAUGAAGUUGGAGUUAAUGAUGUCAUUGAGAAUCACAGUACAAAUGCCCUUUCAUCGGAUGUUUUCCCAAAUGCUGUGGAUUCAGAGUUUUCACUGUCCUCUUCACCAUUUAAUUCAUUGGAUCGACCAGCAUGUCAUACAGGGGAUAUAGGCCACGAACAUUUAGGGAAUAAUUUGAAUGUUGAUGGGUUUUUGGAGAAUCAUGAGGAAUCAGGUAGUAAAGAGCAAAGUCCGGAAGAGAACUUGACAAUGUCUUCACCUAGCAAAGGGAAAAAACCAGUGCACUGCAGGAGUUCCAGAGAGAUCAAUAUAGAGCUAAGAGCACAAAUUAUGAAAGAGAUCCGAAAACCAGGAAGGAAAUAUGAAAGAAUCUUCUUUUUGCUGAAGCACGUUCAAGGAAGCUUACAAACACGGCUGAUAUUUUUACAGAAUGUUAUAAAAGAAGCUUCAAGGUUUAAAAAACGAAUGCUGAUAGAACAGCUUGAGAGUUUUCUGGAAGAAAUCCAUCGCAGAUCCAAUCAGGUCAACCAUAUCAAGAGCAGCUAAGAAACUGCACCUGACAGAGCCACAGCAGGGCACUGCUGUUCUUACUUGCAUUCAUUUUUGACAUGCACUCUUAUUUCAAGUUCCUGUACCUGAAAGAAUGAGAAGCUGCUCAAUAAAAUGAUGAGAAGUAUCAAUCAUCCUUUUUUUUCCUUCACUUCUGUUAUUUUUGUAAUGUGAAAAAUACUACAAAAACGUUUUUAUUUAACUAAAUUGAGAACUUCUUGCUUGUCAUGGACAUAAGUGUCACUUGCCCUCAGGUUCUAUUUUUCUUAAUCUAACCUUCAAAACUAUCACCUCUUAAGGUUGAACUUUGCCAAAAAGUUGCUUUGUAAUUUUCAAAAAGAAAAAAAGCA